GACAAAAAUCUCAUCUCAACUCCCCAGUCAGCGGUCGGCAUUACUACAUACAAACUGGCCACAGUCCACAGUUCCUUCCUUCCUUUUUCCCUUUUACCCCCCUUCGUCCCCUCCUCUUAGAGUCUUCUCUCUCCGUUCCUCUAUCGCCAAAUACCGAAAUAAACCCCAGCACUUGCCGCGUUGUGGUCAUCUGAGACUGCACAUCACCUCGGUCUCUCCCCAGUGUGCUAUCGUCGGCAUCGUCAUCACCAUCGUCAUCGUCUAUCGCCGUCGGUACGUACCCAGGGAUUUACAUCGCCACACGCCCACCACAUCGACCGUUUCGACACAUCUAAAACAGCUACAGCUACAGAACAGCUAUAGCAAAUCAAUCAGCCGCCCUACACAGCCCACCUACCUACUACGAGGACGGGUCAUUGCCAGAUUGCCAGAUUGCCAGAUAUUUGUCGUUGGUCCUGCCUGUAACUGUACGCCGUUACUGUGCCGUCGUCCGUACCUUUUAUAUCGUUGCGCAAGUCCCCUUCGGCUCCAACUCCCGGGCCCCAUUUCUCCCUUGCUUGAUUGGUUGGUCUCGUGACUCAACCCAUACUCAACCCAUACAUUUCAAGAACACAGACUAGCUGCAACUAACUAGAACAACUUCAAGGACCCAUCAUCGUCCUGUCCUACUCCCGGUCCUGCCUUAUCUCAUCCGCAGCCCGUGCGUCUACUCCGCCGCGCCUUUUAUCCUACUUACCCUACCUUACCUUACCUUACAUCACCUUACCCUUUCCAUACAUUUUAUCCUCUAACCCUCUUACCUCUUAUGGUACUACUCUCUUACAACUCUUCCUCGCUAUCUUUAGUCCCAGAAAUAUACGAAAUACCUAUCUUCCCUAUCUAUCCAACAACCACCACACACUCUAUCUCUGCAUACCCUCCAUACCGUCAACACCCGACAUCCAAACCUCGAAAAAACACUUUCCACCACACAAACACUACCAUUUACACCCAUACUAUACUCAAAUCACACAAUACCCCAUAUUCCCGAGAAUCCACUGCGGCCCUAGGGAAACUACUCUCUUAUCUAUCGCCGCCAUCUAUCUGCACUUGCUGCACCUCUGCGCCUCUGCACCACCCACCCACCUCCCAAGGCAAAGCAAAAACCUGCGCCAGUCUCACUGCAGAACACACGAUAAGCCUUCCCCGGAUACCCCAUUCGCCUUCUGCCUCGAGCUAUCCUGUUCAGGGCCAGUAGAGCGCUUCUAGAGUACCCGGCGCAGCUCUCGAUACCAUGCCCAUUUGGCAUAUCAGGCGUCCUUGCACAUCCCUCGCCGGCCCGCCGAACGUCCUCAUACGUGUCGGUAUCUGAUAACCCGUUUGACCAAAAAAGAAGCAUAAGCAAAAUCAAAUCCAUUGUCUAACGGACUGCUCUUGGUACCCCGUACCCAAAAAAGUUCACAUCCCGGGGAGAUCUUCCCAAUUACCUACGGUUGGUUCUUUGCCCCUGGCACCCAGUGUCUGUGUCGUGGGAUCGGUCCGCGGGGGACUCUUCUGUGGGGUUCAAUCGGCGCGCCACCACCCCGUCCCCUGCGCACUUCUCACCCGGCGGCCUCGAAGCCAUGUCGACCCCCAUUUCUAUCCCUCGGACGGCUCCCAUCCCCAUUGCUGCCAAACCCAACCAUGCCAAGAACGACACGCCUGCGAAGGAGAGUAUAAAACCAAAGGCCUCCUCGAGCAUGAGAAGCUUGAUAGUAGACGGUGACCUACCCAACACACGUACCCGGAAGGACCGGCCGUGUGAUGCCUGCAGAAGGCGCAAGAGUAAGUGCGUUAUACACGAGGGCCAGGUUGCGUGUGUCUUGUGCAAAUUCCACAAGCAGGAUUGCACGUUUGUCCAGAGUCCGCAGCCGCGCAAGAGAAAGCUUGUUCCCGAAGAAGGAAAGGAGGUAAAAGAGGACUCCGGUGCCAAGAGGAGGUCUCCAGACAGGCCCGAAGAACCAUCCAAGCGGAGGCAGCCUGAGUCGAGCAAUUCCAGCACCUGCGCCGGCUCUCUCAUCGAAGAUAUGGCCAACAUUGGCGGGCCAGCGAUGCUGAAACGCACGCUCGGCUUACAGAACGAUCGUUACAGUCAAUAUAUAGGGCCGACAACAGACUUCGAGCCCUCCCUUCUCGACUUGUCGCAUUUUGAUCCUCAAGAUGAGAGUCUUCUCUCAAGAGGCACGCUGAGGAAGGUCAGCGAUGUUGAUACCUUCUUGAUGCUCCCAGACUACAACACCCCUGGAUAUGAGCAUGUCAUAGAGGACUCGGAUGCCGUCGAGGCAAUCGUCACUCCUCACGGCCCGGCCCUGAUAGAUCUGUACUUUCAUGUUAUUCACCCAAGCUUUCCUAUAAUCCAAAAGACCGUAUUUCUAGAGAAAUAUGCGAGGUCAUAUCAAGAGUUUUCGCCUGCACUGUUAGCUGCAAUGUAUAUUCUAGCAAUCAACUGGUGGGACCACAGCGAACAGCUGGCCAAGUCCCCGAGACCGAAUGUCAGAGAGCUUGAGCGGCUCGUACGUACGUCAUUGGCAGAUGCCAUGUAUCGGCCAAAGUUGUCGACAAUACAAGCCGGCCUACUCCUAUCACAACGUCCGGAGGGAGACCAAUGGGCGCCGACGGCACAGCUUGUCGCCAUUGGCCAAGAGCUAGGCCUUCAUCUCGAUUGUUCGACCUGGAAGAUUCCACUUUGGGAGCGCGGUCUCCGCAAGCGUUUGGCCUGGGCGUUGUAUAUGCAGGAUAAAUGGGGGUCGCUCAUACACGGACGGCCAUCGCAUAUCUUCGCAUCCAACUGGGCAGUGCGAUCUCUCACAUGGAACGAUUUCCCUGACGACCAUAGCGACCCGGGCGAUGAUAAUGACCGUGAGGAUGGAGAGGUGCUGGAACACGAGCGUGGUAGGCUCCUCUUCACGGAGAUGGUAUCCUUGUCGCAACUUCUAGCUGAAGUCCUGGAAACCUUCUAUACACUUGCUGCCAUGGAUAAUGUGACGCGUGCCGGCACUUCUGGUACCCACAUGGUUCUCUCCUUGGCGAAGCCCGUGCAGCUGAAGCUGAAAGAAUGGUUUGCUGCGCUGCCGGUGUGCCUGAAAAUGGAGAAUAGCCACACCAAUCUGGCAUCCUCGCCGUCGCCACUCAGCAAUGGAAGCCAGGGUAGCAGGCUGUCAUCUACCGGCUUCUUGCACCUCUCAUAUUUCGCGACUGAAAUUACGCUUCAUCGCCGCAUCGUGCGCUCUCUCACGCCGGCCGGACCAAACCUCCCUCCUGUCGACCCCUAUAUUCUCCACAUUUGCCGAUCCGCCGCGAAAACUCGGUUGAUCAGCGCAAUGGAUUUUGUGAAUAGGUUGACACCAAGCCAUCUCCGCGCCUUCUGGUACUUCUCGUCCAAGACCAACUUCGCCCUCAUCGGAACCUUUGGGUCUCUGCUAUGGGCAACUGCCCCUGGAAAGGAAGAGGCCGACUUCUACCGCAUGCGCCUGAAGGAGUACCGCUGGACGCUUGGAGUCAGUGCGCGCGCCGGAGUCGGCGCGGAUGGUGAAGGGCGCGGCGUGAAGGGCCUAACUGAGUUCGCGCUUGGCAUGCUGGAUACCAGCACUGGCCUCCUGAAGGCUCUCCCCGAGAAGCCUCUGCUCUCGCGAGACAAUAGCGAGGUCGGGCUAGGCAGUUCUCACUCCGCCAGCUUAAUAAGCCUAGGCGGGAUGAUGAGCUCCAGUGCGCGCAGCGGCGGUGGCGGGUACGGCUUCGGCUUUGGAAUGAGCGAUGGCCAGGCCGGGUCGGGGGAUGUGGAUAGUGGGCUGGCGAGUCCUAGUGAUAGCACCAGCUCGGUGGAGGUGAGCCAGGGUUUUGAGGCUUUCAUGGCGGCGCAUCCACAGGGACGGGAGAGCAGCGGGCGGUGAGGAGAGGGCGUUUCCACGCCCGGCAAGGGUGCGGGGCAGUGAGAUUGCUCCUCCCGAGACAUGUGUUUUAUGAAAAUGGUGGGCGCGUCCCGGAUGAAAACGAAAAGGCGGCUGGCUGGGCUGGCUCGGAGGUGUGUGUUUUUAUUUAGCGCGGCGUUUGAUAUCCCCCCAAAGAACAGAAUAGUGAAGCAACUAGAGAUCUGGCAUUGCCGCCGUUAGGGCUUUGCCGGAGUUUUAUGAAGAAUUGAAGAAAUAUCUUCCUUU